ACUGUUCAGAGAUCAGAGGAGAAACAUCACACGCGACUCGUGGUGACAUUGACGCGCGCGCGUCCCCGUGGAAAGAAAGAAGCGCGGCAUAUCGCUGCUGGUUCUGUGUGAAUAUGGAGAGUUGUGGUCGCCUUCUUCUGCUCUGUUUGUGUAUUUGUUGUUGUUUUUUAACUGUUGUCUCUCAGUUAAACGCUGAGUCGAAAGGAGCGCGUCGCGCGCAACAGGUCGGUGCGGGAGUGCGCACGCGAUGGACGCAGAACGGACGCGCUUUUCAGUUGCUGAGUCCCGGAUCUGAGUUUGUGGCACCGGGACGAACAGAGCCGAAGCUCAGCGUAACCGAACCGAACACGACGCUCGCGCGCGAGCACAACACGAGCUCUUCAAGCGCGUCAGACGUGAUGUUGGGGGAUGAUCCGUACGACCCCUACAAAUCCAUCCGGAACAAUCCAUACUACAACUACUAUGACUCAUACUACAGACAUAGAAACACAUUCAGACAUCACGGAUACGGAACCAGAUACUUUCAGCACGGACUCCCGGAUCUCGUGCUGGAUCCAUACAUGAUCCAGGUGUCCACGUAUGUCCAGAGAGUGUCCAUGUACAGCCUCAGGUGUGCUGCAGAGGAGAAGUGUCUGGCCAGUUCAGCGGCUCACGCUCAUGAUUACGACACCAGAGUUUUAUUGAGGUUUCCGCAGCGGGUGAAGAACCAGGGAACCGCAGACUUUCUGCCCAACAGACCCAGAUACACAUGGGAAUGGCACAGCUGUCACCAACAUUAUCACAGUAUGGAUGAGUUCUGUCAUUAUGAUCUGCUGGAUUCAAACACACAGAAGAAAGUGGCAGAGGGUCAUAAAGCCAGUUUCUGUCUCGAGGACACGUCAUGCGACCCCGGUUACUACAGACGAUACGCAUGCACGUCACACACGCAGGGUUUGAGUCCUGGAUGUUAUGACACUUACGGCGCGGAUAUCGACUGUCAGUGGAUCGAUAUUACUGAUGUUCAGCCUGGAAAAUACAUCCUCAAGAUUACUGUGAAUCCGAGUCAACAGAUUUCAGAAUCAGACUUCAGUAAUAAUAUUGUUCGCUGUGAUGUUCACUACACUGGGAAUUACGCUCACGUGUCAGGAUGCGUCAUGUCAUCAUAGAGCGCUCGAGGAGCUUUGACUUCACCGCUGUGCUUCAUAAUUAAAGUCAUUGCAGAAACAUUCUGAGAGUGGACAUCACUGCUGUUAAAUGUUUGUAAAAUGUAUAAAUCUUCUGUCGACACAGCAGAGGACCCUAACCCAUUCAAUGCAAACGUCAUCAUCAUCUGUAUUUACUGUAUAAAACUGAUGACGGGUUGUCAUUUAUGCAGUCUGUGAGAAACAGCUCAAUGUCAUUUCUGUAUAUCAGCUGUAUUGAACGUAAACAUGACUCCAGUAUUUUACUUGUGUUAGAAAGGGUUUAUAUACACAACGAUGCUUCACUUGUACUGUAACCCUGU